CUCAUAGAAACCCUAAGUUUGGCGGAGGCGGAAACUGCGGCGGCGGCGAGAAUACCAGACGGCAAAGCCUGGUUAGCAAUCUCAACAAAAAAAGAAAGAGAAGAGAGAUCGAUGUCGGGUGGCGGCGGGGGAGGAGUGGUGAGGACGCCUCGGGAGAUGGAUCGGAAGCUGGAAGUUCCUUCCGAAGCAGAGAUCCUGAGGAUGGAGAUUGCAUCCCUGGUGAACUUGCUCAGGGAGAACCAGUCUGACAUUCUUCAAUUCGACCCUGAGAUCGCGAGGAAGAUCACGUCCCUGAGGAGCGAGAUCGCAUGCCAGAAGUUGGCGAGGGAGCGCAAAGCCUCGGUUCCGGAGGCGAAACGCACAGUGGCGAGGAGGCGUAAAAAGUUCGCUGCUGUGCGGAGGGUCGCGGAGAAGGAGGAGAACAUGGCCGGUCAGGAGGGCGUGGAUCUGCCCAACUGCGAUACCCAGAGCAUGAGCUCCCAAGUCAGUUGCAUCUCUGAGCAGAUGCCCGAGCGGUGCGACCAGAAGGAGAUUGACUCGGGGAAAAUCAAACCUGCCUCCGGAUUCAUAUCCAACUCCGAGCAUGUAUAUUUGCCCCACGGCGGUGAGGAUGAGGGCGAGCGCCUAAACUGCUUAUUCAGUUAUAUAUUGCAACUGACGGAUGCCUUGUGCGACGAGAUGGCAUCCAUGGCAUCUAUUCUGGCCAAAAUCAGUAUCCCCGUUAUCUCCUAUUACAAGGUCUUCGAUCAGUUAAACGCGGCGCAGAGGUUAUCUAAGAUCUCCCUGGAUAUAUUACAUUCAACCGCGAAUGCAGAUAAAAAGAUGGCUGACCAAAAUGCUGAGGACCAGAGGGCCGAAGAGGACAAAGGCAAAUCCAGCACCCACUGUUUUGAGAACCAGGGAACCAAGCAACAUGUGGAUGCAUCUGUAACAGAUCGGACAAUGGGCCUUUGUAAAUCAAACAUGGAAACGCCGCAGAUGGCUGCCUACUGUCCUGAUGGCCAGAUGACUGAUGAGGAGGAUGAACAUUUCGUGGCAGCGGAUCCUAUAAGUGGCCUUUGUGACCAGGCGACUGUCCACUCUCACGAGAACCAGAGUACCACGGAGUACAUGGAGAUGGUUGAUCCCAUGACAGAUGAAGGCCAAUCAAGCACGGAGACGCAUGCGUCGAGGAUGAUGGACGGGGGCAAUUCAAGCAGCGAAGGCAAAUCAAGCAAUGAAGGCCAAUCAAGUACGGAGACGCAUGCAUCGAGGGUGAUGGACGAGGGCAAUUCAAGCAAUGAAGGCAAAUCAAGCAACGAAAGCAAAUCAAGCACAAAGGCAGUGGUGAUGGUGCUGGAUUCCGAUGAGGAGCAUGAAGUGCAGGGUAUGACCAUGGAGAUGCGCAAAUAUUUGAAGAUGCUCGAAUGUGAGGAGGAGGAGGAGGAGGGGAAGAUGACCCCGGAGGAUUUAGCGAUGGCUGACCAAUUUGAGAAGGAGCUAUUAGAGAUGGAAGCCAACUUUCUCAAAGUCCAGGAGCAGGAUGAUAAGGACACGCCAAACUGGAUCUCUGUCUCACAUCAGGAUGAUAAGGACACGCCAAACUGGAUCUCUGUCUCACAUCAGGAUGAGGCAGAGGAGAUGGAGUUGGAGGACAGGUCGUUUGCUAGACGCCGUAAGGGCUGGGAAUCUGCAUGGGGAGACCGCAGUGACUUCGAAGACUUGACCUUAUUGAGUCCUAUGCACUUUACACAUUGCACGCUGGGACUGAUCCCCUACACUGCUAGCACUGUGAGCGCCUUGCAGAUCUACUCUGUCAAGAUUGUUGAAACAAAGGGAAAGUUGAAGUGGCCACUCUAUGUCUAUAGGGUCGUCGCUGCCCGAGAUGCCGUAGAUCACAACCGUAACAUUCUCUUCUCUCGGCAAAGGGAAGACUACCAAGAACUCACUCUAGAGGAUCCUUUUUUGCACCUGACUGGCCCGUCUCGUGCGAUUGUGGCUGUGGACAAUGUUGACUUCGAAAUCCAACUCAAAGUAAAGGGCACAACAUGGUCUGGUGACAAAGCAUUGAUCAGUCACUUCCAGACCUACCCCGGUGAUCGUGAAGGUUUAGAUACAGCGCUCUUUAGCAACUCCUUUUGCACGAUAGAGUUAUGUUUUGAGCGACUUACAGAAACCGUCCAGGCUACUAUCUUGAGUGUCUGUGUUGUUGAAGGGUGGCCAUCACCUUUUGAAUACGGCGGCCGGAUUAUGUGCUCCUCACCACCACAGGAAGUUAAGGACCCCCUAUCCAGGCAUGUUGUGUUGGUUGAUUCUCAUGAUUUUGAUGGAGAAAUGCCAAUGGGCUCAGCUGGUUACGUUGAUCUGUCAAGGCAUGUUGUUUCUGUAGAACUGGGACAUAACCUGCAAUUUGUCAUACAAGCUUACUCACAGUCUGGUGCCAUUGCUAGGCAAAGCCGUCUCACGUUUAGGACCAAAUAUUGCAACAUAAGUCGAGGUAUAUGUGAGAUUGGUGACUCUAAGGUGGAGAUUACUGUUGCUUGGUCCCAGCUUAUCAAGAGCAAGAUGGAAAUCCUCUAAGAAGGAAUGGUUCUUUUGGCGUGGAUGCUAUGGAAUGAUUCACACCGCCCAUUUUAUCUGUUCUUGUCUUGCAUGUGGGUUGCGAAACUGUCCAUGUAUUUGUGUAUUGAUUAGCUAGUAUGUCCAACUGUUUGUGCAUCGACCUAAUGUUAUCCGACUAUUUGUGCCUACUACAAUUUAUUAUUAUGCUGUGUGAAGUAAUGUUUCUAUUUUGAUUA